UCUGUGGUUUGGUGGUUUGUUUGUGUUUGGUUACGAGACGAGAGGUUAUUCUUCGUUAUUAUCAAUAAACUGAAAAAUUAUAAUAAAAAAUGAACGCUCCACCUACCUUCGAAUCUUUCCUUCUUUAUGACGGAGAAAAGAAGGUUCAGAAGGAAGAGGACACUAAAGUUCCAAAUGCCGCUAUAUUUACAGUCAACAAAGAAGACCACACUCUGGGAAACAUGAUCAGACACCAGCUGUUAAAGGACCCAAAGGUGUUGUUUGCCGGUUACAAGGUGCCCCAUCCACUUGAGCACAAGUUCGUCCUCCGCAUACAAACCACAUCCGACUACACACCGCAGGAAGCAUUCAUGAACGCUAUCACUGAUUUAACCUCUGAGCUGUCACUGUUUGAGGAGAGAUUUAAGGAAGCAAUCAAAGAAAAGAAGGAAGGAUUAGACUAAAAUAUGAAUUGAAAUCUUAAUUAAGUGAUAUUUUAUACUGUAAGUCAAUAAUAAUAAUAAAGUCCAAGAAAAGA